AUGAAGUUCUCUACAUUAGCAUGCAUCGCAUUCGUGGUCGUAGUUGUAUCGUCUCUGGCUCCGACCAAAGCAUCCUUGGUUAGUGGUUCGGAGAAAGUAACAUGCGUCGUGACGGAACUGACACCAUGUCUGACAGCGAUACUAUUCGGAGGUCAACCGUCGACGGAAUGUUGUGGAAAACUAAAAGAACAAAAGUCGUGUUUGUGUGAGUACAUCAAAAACCCAAUGUAUGUUCAGUAUGUAUCAUCCGAAAAUGCUCACAAAGUCUUGGCGGCUUGUGGUGUACCUUAUCCUACUUGUCCAUGA